ACAGUGCAGGCAGUCUGAUAACUCACUGGCAGCAACUAGCUGUCCUUUAUAAAAGUUGCUGAAGCCUUGCAUACUUCCUCACUGGGCUCGCUUCUGCGAAAAGAUGAAGCUCGUUUACAUGAUUUUGCUCCUGGCAGCUCUGCUGCUUUGUCCAAACGGAUCGGCUUUGACAGAGGACAGCACAGAAAGCCUGGGAGAAGAAAAACCGAUAGAGGCAUGUCCUGUAAAGCUGAAAAGCAGUGGGAAAUGUGAUGGAGAGGAAUGCCCCUAUCAGAUCCAGUUGCCUCCAAUGACCCUCCAGCUACCCAAACAGUUUCGACUGAUCGAAAAAACCCUUAAAGAAGUGCAGAGCCUUAAGGAAGUUGUAAACAAGAUGAAGAAAUCCUGCCAAGACUGCAAGCUGCAGGCAGACGACAACCAAGAAAGAGAGAGUAAUGAGUUCCUGCCACCUGCCACAGAUGGUCCAACAGACCAGGGCAAAGUACAAGAUAACAGAGUCAAGGAAUUACAGAGCAAGGUUUCCAAACUCUCAGCCAGUCUGAAGAAUGCAAAGAACCAAAUUAAUUCCUUACAGGGUCGGCUGGAGCAGAUAAACCUGAUAAACAUGAACAAUGUGGAAAACUACGUUGACGACAGAAUAGCCAAUCUCACAUUUGCUGUGAACACUUUGGGAGAUAAAUGCUCUUCAAACUGUCCGGCCACACAGCCAAAUCCAGUUAUGCAUCUUCUUCAAGGAGACUGUUCCAAUUAUUUUGCAGCAGGGAAACGGCAUAAUGGAAUUUACAAAAUCAUUCCCGAUCCCAGAAAUGGGAGCUUUGACGUGUAUUGUGAAAUGGAAUCAAUGGGAGGUGGAUGGACAGUAAUCCAGAUGCGUCAGGAUGGCAGCGUUAACUUUAACAGAACAUGGAAGGAAUAUAAGAAUGGCUUUGGAAACCUCAGUAGAGAAUUCUGGCUGGGAAAUGACAAAAUUCACCUUCUGACCAAAAGCAAGGAUAUGCAGUUGAGAAUUGAGCUCGAAGAUUUCAAUGGAAUUAGAGAAUAUGCAAAAUAUGACCAGUUUUAUGUAGCCAAUGAGUUUCUCAAAUACCGUCUAAGCAUUGGCAGCUUCAGCGGCACAGCGGGUGACGCUCUGCACUUCAACAAACAUUACAACCACGAUCAAAAGUUCUUCACCACCCCGGAUAAAGACAACGACCGGUAUCCAUCUGGCAACUGUGGGGCAUACUACAGCUCUGGAUGGUGGUUUGAUGCAUGUUUGGCUGCCAACCUAAAUGGCAAAUAUUAUCAUAAAAAAUACAAAGGUGUUCGCAAUGGGAUUUUCUGGGGCACUUGGCCAGGAGCUUCCGAUGAUAAUAUAAAUAGUUACCGAAUACCUUUUAAAAAGGUUAAAAUGAUGAUCAGACCCAAAAACUAUGCUCCAUGAAUAAAUUUGAAAACCCAGUACUGGCACUUUUCCCCUCAGUAGUUGGGUAACUGGGGUGUAUUUUUCAUGUUCAAAUUUUGAAUGUACAGGCAUCAAUUUCUACUUUUUUAAAAACAAAAAAGGCUAAAAUCCCUGGUGACAUAUGCAAAUAUAACUUCUGGUUACAACCUGUGCACACACACAUAUAUGUAUGUAUAUGUAUUUGGAUAUCGUGGAAGGACGUACAGUGUACCUCCUUCUACAAUACUUCUCAGCUACUGAAUGGCUGCUAGGAAUGCCUAGUCGGACUCCGAUUGCUAUCAUGUACCCAGGAAAGAAAAUUUCUUUGACAUUAAGCACCAUAAAUAUUUUAAUCUGGGCUCUGCUAAAUGUUACUGAAGUUACAUUUCUGAUUACCUUUCUACUUCAUAUAUAACAUUAAUGUAAUAUUAAGCCUCUUAGAACUAUUAAUAAAGCAAAUUGACUGGA